AUGGAAGUUUAUUUUUUCUCAACUCGUCUUAACGGGCACCCAGAAAAUGUGGCUCCUUCUCUGAAGCGUCGUGUCAAACGGGCCACGAACCUUUUGAAGCAAAUCGCCUUCGAGGCGAACCAGCACAACCAGUCAUGCAACAACCAAUCUGACAACCGGGCCCUCAACAGUGCAGGCUGUGAGUCCGAGACUUGUGCCUGGUCCUAUUCAAAGAGUCAGAGGAGGUCAGGGCAUCGAGGCAUAAUGUUCCAUCUGAACACGGAAGCGACCGCAAAAGAAAUUGAUCAUCUAAAAUUGGAGCAGUUUCAAGGUGAGCCAUUUGGUCAUUCCGGUUUAUGA